AUGCGGUUACUAUGGCGUCGCCUGGCGCUUGUCGCGUGGUGUCUCGCUUGGCUGGUGAUCGCGGUGUGGACGGCGUGGUUCACGUGGCAAGCCGCCGAUAACCCGCGCAAAGAAGAUCUUCGCACAUGGUGCGCGGCUCGAACGCGAUACGUGCACCAGGAAUUCGUGUCGAGCUCGAAUCAAGUCGAGAUCCUGGCCGGGCUGGUGAAGGCGUUCAACGGGGUAUCCACGACCUCUAACACCCCGUCCUACUGGGGUCUGGAGGGCGGGAUAACGAACGCCACGUGGAGCGCGUUCAGCGAGGAGUGGAUUCAACGCAUCCAGCCAUGGUCCCUCACCUCGUGGGGCGUGUUUAUCAGCCACGACCAACGCCCUGUGUUGGAGAGAAUUCUCGACUGCACUGUCAGGACAAUGCUCGGAAAUGAGGCCCCUGCUUCUCCGCGCUAUGUUGUCUCUGUCUUCCGCUUCCCCGCGCCUUACGACCUCCCCCCGUGCACCGAUCUCUACUCUUUGCUCACUGAGAUAACCAACCGCUUUCUGCUGUCGGGCGAAAAUGUCGCUUUCCCCCCUUUUCUGCUGCCCAACAACCACAUCGGGUUUGUUUAUGGCAUCCCAAUCAUCCGCACGCCGCUGCCACCGCAGCCCUCCUUGGAGCAAGGAGUGGAGAGCAUUUCAGGCGCUAUAGCGGGGGCUAUCGACACAGAAAUGCUCAUCUCGCACGCCCUCAUGGACGUGCUCAACUAUGCAACCAACAAGUACUCGUUUGAUCUAUAUGAUGCAACGGACGAGGAAGCUCCUGUGCUUAUUGGCAGUGCGUGGCGGCUGGUGUGGGCGCCGGUGUUGGUGGCGGUGCUGGUGGCGGUGGUAGCGGUGCUGCUGACGCUCAUCGUGGUAUUCCUGGCGCGCAAGCAGGCGGCCAUCAGCCGCGCCGUGAGGGAGGUGGAGCUGUGCACUGCCGUGCUCGAGCGCGCCCAGCGCUCCAAGAGCCACACCGUGGCCAACCUCUCGCACGAGCUGCGCACUCCCAUCGUGGGCAUGCUAGGCAUGAUGGAGGCGCUACUGGAGAGCGAGCUACAGGGGGGGCAGCACCGGGACCUGGCAGUGGCCAAGGAGUGUGCAGCAGCCAUCGUGGGGCAACUCAACUCCGUGCUCGACCUCGCCAAGCUGCACGCCGGCAGGCUCGCCCUCGAGACUCUCCCGCUCUCCCUGCACCACUGCGUUGACAUGGUCGCCCGUGACUUGCUGCCCGAAGCCUGCAAGAGGGGCCUGCACUGUGAGUGCCAUGCGCUCUUUGCCCUACCACUGUCAGUUGCAAGAGGUGCCAAGCUGGGCUGGGAGGUGGACUGCAGUGUGCCCGAGGUGCUGUUGGGUGAUCCGCUGCGCCUCGCUCAAGUUGUCAGGGAGCUCAUCAGUCAUGCCAUCCGCACCACCGUAUCAGGCCAUGUGGCCUUUAGAGUGUGCUGCAUCCCCAUGCCCACCACCACGACUCAGGGGGGCUCGCCUCUCACCACGCCUCUCACCACACCCGCGACUGCUGAUGCCAUCGCACCACCAUGUGUUGCUGCACCAUUGGAUUCUGCUGCGGCAUCGGGGUCUGGAAGCGGGGAAGAGGGAGCGCAGUGUAGGGAGUGGCUUGCAUCGUGGCUGGAUGAGGCAUAUUACCAAUGCAGCCGCAGCAGUGAGGGCAGUGGGGGCAGUGGCAGCAGUGGCGGUAGUGGCGGCAGUGGGGGCAGUGGGGAGAAUGGGGGCAGUGGGGGCAGUGCGUGCAGUGGCACCACCAUUCCACCAGCCACAGCGACAGCAGCUGCUGCUGCUGCUGGAGAAGAAGAAGAAGAAAGAGAUGUGGAGGGAGGUGGGGCAGCAGUAGACGGCAGCGAAGCUGGGGAGAAGGGAGGCGGGAAGGAGGCGGAGCAGGAGGUUGGGCAGCUGCGAGCGGUGCUACGGGAACUGGAAGGGUGCGUAAGUCGCUUCAGUGAUGCCUCUGUCGUGUGUGCGUCGGUUGAUACUGCUGCUGCUGCUGAUGCGGAUGCUGAGGAGGGGUGCGGGAAUAAGUGGAAUGGAGGGGCAGAGCCGAGGGAACACGAGGAGGAGUCAGCAGUGCCGUCUGCAUGGUGGGUUUGGAGGCAGUCAUCGUUCUGGGGGCGUGUGAAGAAGCGUCUUCUUGGGUCGAGGGGGGUGGAGUCAGGUCCGCAAAGCCCUGGUGGUGAUGGUGGUGUACCUGCUCCUUCUGCUGCCUCUGCUCCCUCUGCUGCCUCUGCUCCCUCUGCUGCCUCUGCCCCCUCAGCAUCUGCGCAUCCUGCUUCCAAUGCAACAACAGUUGCAGGUAGCAGAGAAGACCAUCAAGCGAAGGCACGUGGAGAGGAAAGGAAGAGCAAAGAGGGAGAGGAGGGAGGAGAGGGAGCGGCGGGCAGAGGGGGGUUGCUGGUGGUGAUGGUGUGUGAGGACACGGGUGGUGGUAUUCCACCGGAAGAGCUGCAGUGGGUGCUGGACCCGGAGGGGCAGGCAGCAGUGCAGGGCAGAGGAAGUGUGCUGCUGCAGCAAGGGGGCUCCAUCAAAAAGCAGGCAGCAGUGCAGGGCAAGGGGGACUUGCUGCUGUCGCGAGGGGGCUCCAUUGGAGAUCACAAGCAGGCUCCACUUGUGUCGCCCUUGUCUCCCCUGCAUCGCUCCGUGGACUUCUGGCCCGGCUCUGCUGCACCUCCUUCUCAGCCCUCCUCUGCGCCUGCAUGGGAGCCCUACCCUGUUCGCUUCCUGCUCUCCACAGGCCUGGUGAACUUAAUGAGGGGGACCAUGGGAAUAGCAACGCAGCACCACGUGGGCACCUCCAUCCUCGUCAGCCUUCCAAUGGCCGCCUGCCACCUGUCAGAAACUGGCGGUGUUGCUGCUAGUGGCACGGGUGGCGGUGGUGCUGCUGCUGUGGCGAGCGGAGGUGCGAGCAUGGAGGUGCACGAGUGGGUGGAUCAUCGCAAGGCCAUCUGCUCGCUUGUGGCGGGCAAGACAGCGCUGCUGCUGGAUGCCAUGCCGCUCAGAGCGCAGGCAACGGAGGCGUGUCUGCGCUACCUGGGAAUGGACGUCACUCUGGCAGCCUCACCCGCACAGGCCAUGCGCCUCAUGCGCCACCCACCCACCACCACCACCGGCGGCGGCAGCAGCAGCGGCGGUGGCGGUGGCGGCAGCGGUGGAGGAGGAGGAGGGUGGGACGUGGUGCUAGUAGACGUGGACGUUGCUGGCCCGCGCACAGGCCUCCACGUGGGCGAAAAGAUUCUGCGCCACGCGGCUGAUGCAGCCGCUGCUUCUGCUGUUGCUUCCGAUGCUGCCACGAGCUCCCAGGGUCGGCAGGGUGGGGGCGAGGCAGGGCGAGAGGCAGGGCGGGCAGUGGUGGUGCUGACGGGGGCGAGGGCAGACAGUGUGGAGAGCGAGCAGGCGGAGAGGAUGGGUGCCUCCAACCCACCUCCAGCAGCAGUGCUCAGCCCGUUGGCGGUGCGGCGCGUGGCGCCGGAGGAGGAGCUGAGGGCGCUGGUGGGGCAGCAGGCGGUGGUGGUGGUGGAUGACAACGCUGUCAACCGCGCCGUCGCCAGACGCACGCUGCUCGCACUCGGGGCUCUCGUGCACUUGGCAGCGGGAGGCGCACAGGCGCUGGACUGGCUGCGCCAGCACAUGGCUGCUGCCACCCGCGGUGGGCAGGAGGGGCUGGGGCAGCAGCAACAGCAGCAGUGGCAGGCGGAGGGGCAAGAGGCAGAGCGCGCUGUGCCGCUUGUGCUGUUGGACCUUCAAAUGCCCGACAUGGACGGCGCCCCGUCCGUCGCAACCCCCACCCGCACCCUACCGUCACACCCCGCCUCGCACCACCGGCGCGCCCCACCGUCACGCCCCGCCGUGCCCUGCUGCUGCGUGCCCCCGCGCCUUGUGGCGCCCGCUGCGCGCCCUGUCACACGCUCCCUCGCCCUGCCGCGCCUUGACGUGCCCUGUAGCCGCGCACCCGUGCGCCCCGCCACUUCUACUGUGCUUGGCACGCCCGCGGCCGUUGAACCUGUUGCGGCUGCCGCUUCUGCACAUGCUGUUGCACCCAUGUACGGUAUGUCGUCGUUCGCGCUAGAUGCGCACGCGCCGCCGCCGCCCGCACUUGUCGUGUUUGUUAGGUGUCGCCCGCACCUGCGCCCGCGCGUGUCACCACGCCUGCCGCCACAGCGCCCGCACCUGCUACCAUCCGAUUUUGUGCUGCGGCUCGAUGUGGGGGGGCAGGCGAUCGACGUCUGA